UACAAAAAGGUCAUCAAAAUGCCAGCCAGCCUCUAUGGUACAUGGGACCUCAUCAGCAAUGACAACUUGGAGGGCUACAUGACAGCACUGGGUAUCAGCCCUUGCUUACGAAAGAUUGCUCUGAAGGUGAAGAUGAGGAAGGUGAUUGAGCAACAGGGGGACCAGUACACCAUCAAAACUGUCAGCAAGAUCAAAAACUACACCAUCUCCCUCAGAGUGGGUGAGGAGUUUAAGGAGUUUACCAAAGGACUGGACAACAGAAAUGUCAAGUCACUGGUGACAUGGGAGGGAAAUAAACUGGUGUGUGAACAGACUGGAGAGAAGAAAAACCGGGGCUGGGCUCACUGGAUUGAAGAUGACAAGCUACAUCUGGAGCUGUACUGUGAAGGAGAAGUCUGCAAGCAGGUUUUUAAGAAGAAUGUGAACGAGUGAUAUGGAAUGAAAGUUGAUUUUCUGGAGAAGUAACUUUGUGUUGAAAGGACUCGUGUGUUAAAUACACAACUCUAAACCCUGAAUAACAAAAACACACUAUAAAUCAAGUGGUAUUUCUUUUGUAAUCUGACUUCAAUGCUCAGUUCAGGAGUAAAUGUCUUUCCUGUCAGGGUAUGGAUUUACACCACUAGAUGGCAUCACUGCAUUAUUGUUUGUACGAUACUUCUGUCUACACUGGUCUCUAGCUAAGUGGUGUUCGGCCUCAGGUAAAAUGAAAAAUACUUUGCAUCAAGCCUGUUUUUUGCUCCUUUAAGAUGGCUUAAGACUCAAUACAGGCUCUGUUUAGUGCAAACUUUUUCUUUCCUUCAAAUCUCUUUUGUCUGGUGAGACGAAUUUGAAAUGCCAGAUUUUCUUUGCAUUGGCUUGGGCUGGCCAUCUGACAUUUGGCUGAACUAUUUGGAAAUUCCU